CUGUAUUCGAGGCUCAGUCACAUGGAUAUUGAACGAACAGAUUUUGCAUCUCAUUCGUUUUGGGAAGCCAAUGGCAGUGAAUGCUGAUACGUUGUCCGAUAUACAGGUUUUAAGAUAAACAAUAUACAAUGGCAAACAAGAGUAACGAGAGAGCAGCUGUUGUCACUGAGAACCAAAGUCGCCAUUCUGCAAGCAAGUCCUUGGACAGAGAUGACCUAGUCUACAAUAUGAGUCAUAAAGAACGAGGUCAUGCCCUUAUCUUCGCCUAUGAAGAGUUUUGUGCUUAUGGGCCAGGGAGGCGGGACUAUGCUAGGCAUGACGUUGACAUCUGCACGGAGGCUUUCAGGAAACUGAAAUUUGAAGUUCGCACUUACUGGAAUCUGAAGAGAGACAUGCUGCUUCGAGAAAUUAUGAAAGAGAGCAGAGGAGACCACAGGAACCGCGACUGCUUGGUAGUGGUUCUUAUGACUCACGGGGGAACAAAUGGGAAAGGCGAGGAAGUCGUGUGGACUUACGAUUUUGAAAUCAGGACAUCGGAACUGUGGAAAAACUUCAAGCGAGAAAAGUGUCCAUCCUUGGCAGGGAAGCCGAAAUUGUUCUUCAUCCAGGCUUGUAGGGGAGAAAACGUUGACAAAGGCGUCCGCUUACGUCCAGUGGGGUUUCGAGUACAGAGUGACGACUUCUCCCAGGAGGACGAACAUACCAGCGUUUUAGACGCGGAUAUGCUCAUAAUGUGGGCUUCAUACCCAGGGAUGUACGCCUUCGUGUCUCCCUUCAAUUAUAAUGGGAGUGUUUUCCUGCACUUCCUCUCCAAAGUCCUGAUCGAGGACGGCGACCACCAGGACCUCGCCGCCAUGCUCCUUCGGGUGACCAGAGAAGUCGCCGUUAGUUAUGAAUCUUGCGUCCCGGAUAGAGAUAAACUUAAUAAGAAAAAACAGAUACCUUAUACAGUGUCCACGCUCAUGCGCAGGGUGUUUUUCUUUUGUCCAAAAUGGAAGUGAGAUUACAGAUCAUUCAAAAAUUCAUAUUCUGUUGUGUAUUUAAAAUAUAUUUAGUUAAUAUGAUUCACCAUUUCCAGGAUAAAUAGCAAAUCGCUUUUUCACAUGAGCUGCAUUUGUGUACUGGCUAACGGAUGAUAAGAUGCCUCUUAUCAUAUCACUUCAGAUACAGGUAACAUUAAACUGAAUAUCGGCAAUA